GCCCUUCCUCCUCCCACCUGCAAGUCAGGCUAGCUGGGCCAGGGCUGUGGAGCAGAGAGAGCUUGGAGACCAAAGCUGCAGCCCUUAACUCUCUAAGCACUUAGAAACUCACCCAGCUUGACUGUUUGAUCCACUUGUUCCAAAAACACAGCAGGCCCAUGGCUGGCAGGCCUCUGCCCCCAGGACGCCAGGAGGGACACCAGGAAGAGACUGCCAAAGAUUUGGGGCCUAAACUACCACCAGUACGGCCCCGUGGUCGCCUGCCCAGCAUUGAUGAGGCUGGACCUGCAGCUGUGGGCCCAGCCUCCCGCCGUGGCUCUGUGCUGGGUCCAGCCACAUCCUUCUCACGUCGCAACUCACUGGCUGGGCCAGUCACUGGUCCUGGAGGUCGGCGACAAUCCCUGGUCCCAGCGCCCCCUCUAGGUUCUCGGGUCAGCUUCUCAGGGUUGCCCCUGGCGCCAGUCCGUCAGGUAGCACCUUCGUACCGCAUGGAGCCUGCGCCUGGAGAAUGCUGGGAGGCUGCCCGUGCUCAGCGUGCUCUGGAGGCAGCCUUGGAUGCCAGGUUGCGGGAUGCUUCCUACUCUGGUUCGGAGGCUGGGAGGCUGACUCGAGAGCUGUGUGAACAGAUGCGUGCGCACCUGCGUGAGUUCAGCCCACCGCGCUAUAAGCUUGUGUGCAACGUGGUGCUGGGGCCGCGCACCGGCCAGGGCGUACAUGUGGUCAGUCGCGCGCUUUGGGAUGUAGCACGCGACGGACUGGCUUCUGCUACCUUCACCAACGCUUCACUUUUUGCGGUGGCCACUGUCCACGGGCUCUACUACGAAUAA